AGUCGUAAAAUUUAGAAUGUACUCGUGACGAAUAGUUGCGAAUAAGUGAAUGUUAUAGCAUGUAAUUUUAUGAUAAAAAAUACAGAACAUUACAAAGAAAGAGCGUUUUGACAUAUUCCGGGUCGACGUUGUCCAGAUUCUCUGAGGUGCGCGUAAAAUCGGCACCGAAGGGGAAUUCGAAAGAGAUGCGCAGCGAGUCGAUGCGCAGUGAGCGGGCGAUUCUCUUUCGAGUUCGGACCGCUCGGUGCUCGUUGGAGGGAAUCACACGGUUACUUGUGCGGGUCCGAAUAACACGUAUUUCGUGUAGUCCGUUGCAUUGGUUCUGGAAAAGACAGAGGGAAAAAGGUCGAUCGAAAGAAAGACGAUCGGUCAGUGUCGAUGAGGACGUUUGAGUGGUGGUAAACCGGUCCGAGAAUGAAGGCGAUUGGCCGCAUCUUGGCGUGCGUGCUAUUGGCAACUGCAUUUGUGAAAAAUGUGCUUACAGCGAAUACCGCGAACAUUAAAUUUUCGACGGAGCAGAGUAACGAGGCUGUACGAUCUAAUGUUACAAGACUCGAGUUGGUUUCGAAAUCGUCGCCGCUGAAUUCUGACAUCGAAGAUCCUCGGAAUAUCCAAGAUGACGUAUUCAAGAACGAAGAAAAUUACGAUUUUGGGCUUGAGGAAGCUCGCACUUUCGGACACAAAAGGUUCCAGCUGAUGCUGAUGCCGAUGAUGUACAAGAUGGGAGCAAUGAUGACACUAUUAAUGGUCCUGACAGCGAUAUCAGUAAAGGGACUUAUCGUCGGUCUCAUAUUGCUGGUGCUUAAACUCAGCGCUUUUCUAGCGAAGUUUCAUACCGGACACUCAGCAUGGUCUCCAUCGCAACCGAUUCAUGUUCACGUUCAUAACAGUUUCCCUCAUGCUCACGCACAAGCGUAUCAUGGUUGGAUACCAGCGAGUGGUCCCGGUGAUGAGGAUCACUAUUAUUACAAAGGAUAAAUCACAUAUAAAGACAUAUGUUCGAAUCGUAAAUAAUAUAUCACAAAGCCAUAAUGAGGAAAGGUCGUAGUAAAGCGAUAGUCUUCGGUAGAGAAGUAUAAUUUAUAUAAUUGUUUUAGUAGUCCUCAUUUCUCUUCGAUUUGUUUAGAUAAUAUUAUUAAUGUUUAAUUUUUAUUGAAUCUAGACAUUAAAAUUUACA